CUGCGUCUUCCCGCCUCGCUCCCACCUCAUUCUCCCGCGCUGCACGCUGCAAGCGCCUCGGCCUGCCUGCGCCGCUCCUUCUCACUUAGGCUGCCGUUCCUGCUGCUGCGCUCGGCCCGGCCCUCCUGCGCCGUGCGACUGGCCGCUCGGGCCGCCGCUGCCUCGCGGUCUGCCGUCCAUGGCGCUGCGGCCGCCGCCGGCGCUGCUGCGGCGCACGCUGCCAUGUGUGCGCUGCCAGACGCAGGCCCAGCUGCUGCGGCGCUCGUACGCCCGGAGCAGCGUGCCGGUGCCGCCACGCUCGCGCCGCCCGGCGCAGCUGCUCACUGCGCUCGGCGCCGUGGCGGCGCUCGUCGUGGUGCUGGCACCGCGGCCCUCGCACGCGCCGCGCGAGGGCUCGGCCCCGUCAGCGACGGCCAGUGGCAGCAGCAGCAGCGCCGACGUAGCGCCGCCACCACGUCUCGAGCCGGAGCGCUUCCGCACCUUUCGUCUGCGCAGCCGCGACUGUGCCACCUCGACGUGGGCUACGGACAGCACUGGCGACGGCGCACACGUCGUGCUGCGCGUGCCUGUGGCGCCGCCGAGCGAUGCACCGGCGGCGGCGCUGGGCAUCCUCACGCUGCACCUGGCGCACCCGCUCCUCUCCGUGCAGCGCCCCUACACGCCGCUCUACGCCGCACCGCUACUCGCAGGCGGCGAUGCGACGCUGCUCAUCAAGCGCUACCGCGACGGCGAGGUCGGCCGCUAUGCGCACGAGCUGCGUGCCGGCGACGAGGUGCUGCUGCGCGGGCCUGAGUACAGCUGGCGGGCGCGAGGUGACGAGAGCGAUCUGCUGCUGAUCGCCGGCGGCACGGGCCUGACGCCGAUGUACCAGCUGCUCACGACGCUGCUCGGCGCACCCGAUGCAACAGACGAGCCGCCGCAGACUGCUGCGGCGCGGCCACGCCUGACGCUCCUGUACGGCACGUCGCGCGCCGAGUCGCUGCUGCUGCUGCCCGAGCUGGCGGCGCUGCGUGAGCGGCAUCCCGAGCUCGACGUGCGGCUCUUCGUCGAGGACGAGGCGCCGCAGGGCUGGUGGGCGUGGGCCAGCGGGCAGCAGCGGCGCAUGCAUGGCAUGCCGCUGUACGCCGGCCGCGUGACGGAGAAGGACGUGCGCGGCGUGCGCCGCGAAGGGCAGGACGUGCUCGUGUGCGGGCCCGACGGCAUGGUGGCCGCAGUCGCCGGACGACGGGCGCGCGACGGCCGCGGGCAGGGCGAGCUGGGCGGCAUGCUGCAGCGCCUCGGCUACACCAGGGAGCGCGUGCACAAGCUGUGAGCGGGCUGGCGCGACGGGCAGCACAAUACAUGGCAUCACAAGGCGCAGCGA